GCGUGGUGGCGGAGAUCUGGCCGACCGCACGGGUGGUGCUGUUCGGGUCGCAGGCUGCGGGUCUUGCGCUGCCGGGAUCAGAUCUGGAUCUGGUGGUUCUUGGUGUCAUGCCGCACCUCGCCACUCCCGCGGAGGGUUUCGGAGCCCCCGCGCGCAACACAGCCGCGAACCUGCUUGAGACCCUGGCUCGGCGACUGAGGGCGGCGGGGCUCAUCCGCAGGCACACGCUCGUCCGCGCAAAGGUGCCCAUCGUCAAGACGUUUCUGCUGUCGGUGGACUCUGCUGGCCGACCCAUGGGUCGUGGGUCUGCACAGAUGGCUGCGGAUAUCUCUAUUGGCGCCGCCAACGGAGCUGCUGCGGUGGCGCUGGUGCAGCGAGCGGUGGCCUGGCUGCCUCCCCUGCGGCCGCUGUGCCUUGUGGUUAAGGCACUCCUGAAGGAGGCAGGACUCAACGAGGUCUUCACGGGUGGCGUCUCCUCCUACGUCCUAAUCAACAUGGUCAUUGCGCACCUGCAAUGCGAAGGCUACGAUGUACGGCACGUACUCCAG